AUGAAGAUCCUGAUUGUGGUCUUGCUUUGUCUGCACCUCUCAGAGGGUUUGGAAAGAAUCAUUCUGAAGAAAGGCAAGUCUAUUCGAGAGGUGAUGCAGGCACAUGGAGUACUGGAGACCUUCUUAAAGAACCACCAGAGGAAGGAUCCAGUCACCAAGUAUCAGCUCAGUAAUGAAGCUGUUGCCUAUGAGCCCAUCACCAACUACUUGGACGCAUUCUACUUCGGCGAGAUCAGCAUUGGCACACCACCCCAAAAUUUCCUGGUCCUCUUUGACACGGGCUCCUCCAAUCUAUGGGUGCCUUCUGUCUACUGCCAGAGCCAAGCCUGCUCCAAUCACAACAGGUUCAAUCCCAACCUGUCCUCCACCUUCCGAAACAAUGGACAAACCUAUACCCUGUCCUAUGGGAGCGGCAGCCUCAGCGUGGUCCUGGGCUAUGACACUGUGACUGUUCAGAACAUCAUCGUCAAGAACCAGGAGUUUGGCCUGAGUGAGAAUGAGCCCAGCAACCCCUUCUACUAUUCAGACUUCGAUGGGAUCCUGGGCAUGGCCUACCCGAACAUGGCAGUGGGGAACUCCCCAACGGUGAUGCAAGGGAUGCUGCAGCAGGGCCAGCUCACCCAGCCCAUCUUUAGCUUCUACUUCUCUCGCCAACCGACCCAUCAGUAUGGCGGGGAGCUCAUCCUGGGAGGUGUGGACACUCAGCUGUACUCUGGUGAGAUCAUCUGGACUCCUGUCACCCGGGAACUCUACUGGCAGAUCGCCAUCCAGGAGUUUGUCAUCGGCAACCAGGCCACAGGCUUGUGCUCCCAGGGCUGCCAGGCCAUUGUGGAUACGGGGACCUUCCUUCUGGCUGUCCCCCAGCAGUACAUGAGUUCCCUCCUGCAGGCCACAGGAGCCCAGCAAGCCCAGAAUGGCGAUUUUGUGGUCAAUUGCAACUAUGUACCGAGUUUGCCCACCAUCACCUUCGUCAUCAGCGGGUCCCAGUUCCCUCUGCCUCCUUCUGCCUACGUCUUUCACAGACCCCAGGAGUACUGCGUCCCCAGCCCUCAGUGUUUCUUCUCACCAGGCACAGCCACGAAGCUUGUGUGCUACUUUACCAAUUGGUCCCAGUACCGCCCAGACCCUGCCAAAUACAUGCCCGAGAAUGUGGACCCAUGCCUGUGUACACACCUUAUCUAUGCCUUCGCCACUAUGGUCAAUAAUAAGAUCGCGCCCUACGAGUGGAAUGACGAUGUCCUCUACCCUCGGUUCCAGGCUCUCAAGCAGCAGUUCACCACCAUGGUGGCCACAGCUGGCAACCGUAAGAUUUUCAUCGACUCAGUGAUGGAGUAUCUCCGGCUGCAUGGAUUUGACGGCAUUGACCUUGACUUUGAGUACCCAGGGUCCCGGGGCAGCCCACCUGAGGACAAGCAACGUUUUACUCUUCUGAUUGAGGAAAUGUUAGCAGCCUUUGAAGCUGAGGCCCGAGCCACAGGACGUCCCCGGCUGCUGAUCUCAGCAGCCGUCUCUGCAGGCAAAGGGACUAUCGACGCCGGUUAUGAAAUCGCCAGGAUCGGAGCUACAUUCUGUGAAGGCAAAGCUGAUGGCAUCUAUGGGGACCCUGAUGAUCCCUCCAGGUUCUUUGAGUGUGCCAAUGGUAACACUGUGGCCAAAAGGUGUGCAGAGGGCCUCGUGUUUGAUGAGAGCUGCAAGUGUUGCAACUGGCCCUGA